CUUUGCAGCAAGGAUCCGCGUCGUCGCGAGGACGAAACGCGUUCGGGAGUAUAGUGUGUAAUACGGUAUUUACUAAAUUAAAUUCAAAAUGUUUUGCUACAUUUUUGUGCUUGCUUGCAGUUUCCUGGCUUAUGGCAAUGCAGCAUAUUUUACAAUACGAAAUGUCGAAGUAAAAAUUCCCAUUAACAACAAGUUACUUCCUAAUAAUCAUCCAAUUAUUACAUUAUACGCUCAGGAUAACUUAAGCAAGAGUAAUGGAAACUCUCUUAGAUACUUCAUUAAUGAAACUAAUGGAUAUAUGCUAGCAUAUUCCACAAAAGGCGAUAUAUUAUUUACUCAUAAAUUUUUAGAUGGUAAAGGCUCUGGGACGAUAUCUGCUCACGUAUCAGUAGAAGGAUCCGAUUUAGUACGUGACUGGUCUCGAUUUGUGGUCGAUGUAACGCCCAUGGAUCCAUUUGAUUGCGACUUAAUUUUGGAAAGUCUUUGCUACUGGACUAAUGCCACUUAUCAAAUAAUGGAAGACCAGCCGUCAAUAGUUAUCGGACCUUUAGCGUCUGCUUACGUCUGGGAAAUGUGUCCCGAAUAUAAAUUGCAAUACAGAUUUCGUAAAGAAAAUCCUUAUUUUGAACUUGUAUCAUCAAAUGGAUUGGAUAAAUUUUGGGCUUUAAAAACCACUGGUCCCUUGAAUAGAGAAAUAGCGGGAUAUAAAGCAAAUUUAGAUGUUGUUUGUACAGUUGAAAAUGAACAAGGGUCAAUCAGGGAAUUGGAAAAAAAUAUUCAAGUAAACAUUCUGGAUGUUGAUAAUAACAUGCCUGUUCCACAGGAUACCCAUUAUGAUUUUAAUUUAACCUCUUCUAUGUUUAAAAAGGGUGCCUCUAUUGGGGAAUUUGUUUAUUUUAAUGAUAAAGAUUCUUUAUCUGUAAAUAAUUUUAAGCCAAAAAUUGUGGAUCCGUCAUAUGCCGAUAUUCUUCGUCCCAAUUGUACAAACCAAAAGGAUAAAAGAAAUGGGAAAGAUUCUACUAUUUGUUAUUGUCGUUUUAUUUUUUUGAAAGAUAAACAUUUCACGGAAAGUACCUAUUUAAUUAACCUUCAGCUAGAUGAUACAAAUUAUAAAGGAAAAAAAAGGCAACCUGCAAAAGCCUUAGUAAGUUUUAAUUUUAAAAGAUCUGCUGCCAAUUUGAAAAACCACCCAAGAAAGCUUUAUCCUGCAAAAGACGUCAAAGUGUUCAGGACUGCAGGACCAUUAGCUAGAAUAACUCAACCAACGGAUUUAACAGGAUGUGGCCACUUUUCUCUAAAAACUGAAACAAAGUUAAAUGACAUUUUUAACAUUACCAAAGAGGGAAUUGUAUUCGUUCACGAUGUUGCAAACUUGAGAAAAGCUCCGGAGUUUGUUAAUUUAAAUAUUUCAUGGAUAAAAAAUAAUAAAUUAGAUUUUGAUGAAGUAUCCAUUAGAAUUGUGGAGGAAUCUUCAAAAAGUUGUGAAAAAAUGGGAACAAAAAUUAGUGAUUGGAGCUAUUGUUCAAAAAGUGAUAAUGCACAUGAUUGUCUAAGACCGAAUUACUGUGCUAUUGGGACUGGGGGUUCCGCUAGUGUAAAAAAUAGAAACAACUCGGAACGCUGCAUGUGGCGCGGAGACAAAAAUCCAGGAAACGAGGAUACUCAUGUUUACGCAACAUGUACUCCUGACUCAUCCACAUGUCCUGAUGGAAUUUGCGAUUCCUUAGAGAAACAGCAUCGACAUAUUUGCCCUCAAGAUUGUACACGUAAUGCUUUGUUUCCAACAUCUUUGUCAAAAAGCGGAUACGGUAUUGAUAAAGCGAAUGGAGUUUGUACUUGCGACGAUAUUGGGCACUGCAAGUGUGACCCUCCACGAAAAAAGAAAAAGAAAACUACCGCCAUUCCACCAGUUUUACCCACCAAAGGAAAUUUUGUAACAUCGCAUAUUGAAACAAGUCCGGGUAACGCAAAGCACUCCAUUCAGAUUCCAGUGCUGGCCAAAUGUGGAACAUCAUGUGUGUUGGGUAUUGUUGCAGGAACUCUGUUCCUUGUGGGAGCAGUUUCUCUGGUGGUGAUUUGUUGGCGACUCGACAGGGUAAACAAAGCCGUAAGGGGAAAGUACAGCGAUGAAAAUCAGGAUAUGACAGCUCCGCUUUCAGAUUAUGUAGAUAGAAACAAUCGGUCUGAAAUUAUGAAUCUGAAUUUUCAGAUGACUACAUCUUUAGCCGAAAUAACCACCAGAAAUGUUAUCAAUAAAUAUCCAGUGGAUCCAAAAUGGGAAUUUCCCAGAUCCCAGUUAAUCAUAGAACAGACAUUGGGUGAAGGGGAAUUCGGGAGAGUUCUAAGAGCAAAGGCCACAAACAUAGCGGGACAAAAAGGUGACACAAUUGUCGCUGUAAAGACGUUAAAAGACGAUGCCAGGGAAUCUGAACUUAAUGACUUGUUAUCUGAAUAUCAGCUUCUUAAGGACGUUUCCCAUCUCAAUGUCAUUAAACUUCUUGGAGUAUGUACUGUUCUCGGUGGGCCAGUUUAUCUUAUAAUAGAGUUUGCUGAGUUUGGCUCGCUUAGGAGUUAUCUUAGAAGAACUAGACAUUUAAAAUCAGAAAAUCAAAAAUUCCCCUUAUCGAUAACCGGAAUUGAGGAAACGACAGAAAUUCACUAUGAUGAACCGAACUCAUGUACCGUUACACCUAAAGAAAUACUUUCAUUCGCAUGGCAAAUCAGCAAUGGUAUGGCAUAUUUAAGUGAAAUAAAGCUGGUUCAUAGAGAUUUAGCAGCCAGAAAUGUACUUUUAACUAAAGAUAAAGUAUGUAAAAUUUCCGACUUUGGAUUAACAAGAGACAUCUAUGAAGAUAAUGCUUACUUUAAAAGAAGUAAAGGGAGAGUCCCUGUCAAAUGGAUGGCACCAGAGUCUCUAUCUGAUCACGUAUAUACUAGUAAAUCGGAUGUUUGGAGUUUCGGGAUAUUGCUUUGGGAGUUAGUAACCUUAGGUGCUACUCCUUACCCUGGAAUAGCCGUUCAAAAUCUAUUUCACUUGAUCCGCCAAGGUUACAGAAUGGAAAGGCCAGAUAACUGUUCUAUCGCAUUAUACAAAAUCAUAAAAAGUUGUUGGCAAAAUGAACCUGAAAAAAGACCAUCAUUUAAGGAAUUAUCCAAGUCUUGGGAAAUAAUGUUGGAAGAUGGAAAUGACUAUCUUGAUCUUGGUAAUAAUUCUAUUCAUAACAGAGGUUAUUUUUGUUCUCCUUUUGAACAAAAUGAAGAAGACAACGAUAUGUCUCCAACAAAUAAUUCCACAUAUAAUCCGCUAAACUAUUUAAAAAAAUCAAUCUCCUAUGACAAAUGUGGAGCAACAGAAAAAAUUAUAGACCAAAACGAAAAUGAUGAAAUUAUGAAUGUAGAAAACUUGAUGCCUAAUGAUCCAAAUGAUCCAAAUCAAAAUAAUACAGCAAAAGGAUAUGAAACACCGGUAAAAAUUUCUUUAAAAACACCUGAACUGGAUCAAACGGGAUAUACAGAUAUGCAUUCUGGGCAAGCUUGAAGGAAUUUAUGUUAAUGAUAUACAUAAAAGGUGUAGUAAACCAUACUUUACAAUAUUUUUUUCCAUUUCUGAGUUGUGAGACUACCUGCCUCUUUUUAGUAAAUUUUCUAAAAUUUAUAUGAUAUGAAGUUACAAGGAAUUGUACCUAUAGCAACGGAAGGAUUGAACUGUUAUCGCUAGAUUUAUAAUUGUUGAAAAUAAAACCGUACCGCGUUAAAAUACUGAUAAAAUAACCAAUUGUUUAAAUAAAUGGGUUGAUUAAAUAUCACAAAUCGUAUACCUAUCCACUGAAAAUAUCAAUGCUAUUAAAGUAUUUUUGUAAUAUUUGUAAAGGC